AUGGAGGAUGAGGAAGGCUACUUGGCGCUUAACAUUCAAGCCAGAAAACAGCAAAAUCCAAUCUCUGUGUCUCGGGAAUCAGAUCGUCCGCUGAGAUACCGUUGUUAUCGUUGGAUCAUUACUGGGGCUGGAUGUGUUGUGAUCAGCCUAUUAGUAGGAGGUGUGAUAGCAUUGCGUAUCUGUGCUUUUCAGAGAAGACACUACAAGCAGGCUUUUGAUUCUCGGGAGACCAGCAAUGAAACAGAAAUUAAGCACAGAUUGGAGAAUGUUGUCUCUCGCUUGCAGGCAUUUUUGUGUAAACAAGUCCCGGUUAACUCAACAGAAAGAUUCAGAUGUCCCUUGUGUCCUGGAAACUGGUCUUAUCAUGAUGGCAAAUGCUACUGGAUUUCCAAAGAACUGGGGACCUGGGACAAAAGCCAGGAAGACUGCAGAGCCAGAGGCGCUCAAAUGCUGGUGCUGAAGGAACAAGAAGAAAUGGUAGGUCAAGGUUUGGGUUGGGAAGGCCAAGGGAGCAAUGAAGAUGGAGGGAAAGAGAGCUGA